AUGGAGUUUCCCAUUUUUGUUCGUAAACAUGUUACUUUUUCAGUCCUUGCUAUUCUUGGCACUCUUGCUAUAGCUCAAGGAGGUCCUAUAGAUGGUAAUCCUGCAGAAAAAGAUGCCCUUUUUGGUCUCAAGGCCACUUUCAACGACCCUUUUCUAAAUGGGAAUUGGACUGGCCUUCACUGCAAUGUCAAUGGUCCUUCAAGGUGGUUUGGUAUUCUGUGUGCCUAUGGUCGUGUCAAGGGUAUAGUUUUGGAAGGUAUGGGGCUGCCGGGAGAUGUCAAUGUCAAUGCUUUCUCUGAACUUGAAGAGUUGUCCAUCCUGAGCUUCAAGAACAAUUCAUUACGGGGAAAAAUGAUGAAUUUCUCCAACAAUCAUCAAAUGAAGUACAUUGAUUUGUCAGGAAAUGUUUUAGUUGGGUCAAUAUCAAAAUCCCUUGUGAGUCUUAUCCUCUUGGAGAAGUUGUUUCUGCAUGAUAAUAGGCUCACAGGUUCAAUACCAGAGUUUAGUCAAUCAAGUUUGGAGAUAUUUAAUGUCUCAAACAAUAACCUUGAGGGGCCAAUCCCAACAACUCAAACUCUCCAAUCAUUUGACUCUGCUUCAUUCUCAGGAAAUCCAAGAUUGUGUGGUUCACCUUCUCUUAAUUCCUGCAAAACUAGCUCCAAUUCUCCUAGUGUACUACCCUUAAAUAGCACCCUCGACAACAAUGAAGGCCAAAAUAAACCUUCAGAAAAAAAUAACAAUUCCAACAUUUUAAUAAUUUUCAAUGUGGUUUUUCUGCUUGCAAUUAUAUUGCUAUUGAUGCUUUACUUUAACAAAGCCAGAAAGCUCAGUAAAAUAGAGAAGGGUCAGAUUCCCACAGUGGAAGAAGAAGAGAAAGAUGUGGAGAACAGUGUUAGCAAGAAGAUAGAGAUAGGAGAGGGGACAAUGAUGAGAGUAGAAGAGAGAAGGCAACUCAUAUUCUUUAGUAAUAAGCCAAAAUUUCAAAUGGGUGAACUUCUCAGAGCUUCUGCUGAGGCACUGGGUCAAGGAAUCAUGGGGAAUAGUUAUAAAGCUAUGCUGAAUGAUGGAACUCCCAUUGUUGUAAAGAGGCUAAGGGACUUGAAACCACUCACUAAGGAGGAAUUUUCAAAGAUAUUGCAUAUGAUUGCUGAUCUGAAGCACCCAAAUUUGUUGCCCUUGCUUGCUUACUACCAUUCCAAAGAUGAGAAGCUGAUGCUCUAUAGAUAUGCACAGAAUGGAAAUCUUUUCUCCAGACUUCAUGAUGGUAGAGAUGGAAACCGGGUUCCAUUCAGUUGGAACUCAAGAUUAUCAGUUGCAAGAGGAGUGGCUCGAGCAUUGGAGUACCUACACCUCAACAACAGGUUCUAUAACAUUAUCCCACAUGGCAACUUGAGGCCUUCAAAUGUACUCUUUGAUGAAAACGAUGCGGUUCUUGUUUCUGACUUUGGCCUUGCCUUCUUAGUAGCACAACCAGUUGCAGCUCAGCAUAUGGUUGUUUACAAAUCACCUGAAUAUGUAUUUGCAAAAAAAGUUACAAUGCAAUCCGAUGUUUGGAGCUAUGGAUCCCUUCUAAUAGAACUUCUAACUGGCAAAGUAUCUUCAUGUUCAGCUCCACCAGGGAUCAAUGGUGUGGAUAUUUGUAGUUGGGUUCACAGAGCAGUGAGAGAAGAAUGGACUGCUGAAAUCUUUGACAAAGAAAUUUCUGGUCAAAAGAGUGCUCUUCCUGGGAUGCUAAGGUUGCUGCAGAUUGCAAUGCGUUGCAUUGAGAGGUUCCCAGAGAAACGUCCUGAGAUGAGAGAUGUGGUUAGAGAAGUGGAAAAAAUACACGCCCCUUUGACCAAUGAAGAUGAGGAUGAUGUAUCUGCAGAUAGGUCUCUAACAGAUGAUUCAUUUUCAACCAGUACCUCAGGGAUUAUUGGAGAUGAAAGAUAG